UACAUAAAAUAAAGUGCAUUCGAGGCUGCAACGACGGACAGGUAGAGACACCAGGCUGCGCUAGACGACACUACGACAGUUGAAAAAUGGCGGACUGCGAGAAGGAGGAGGCGCACAAUCUCCAAAUGGAGUUUGAAUGGGUGCUCCAUGAGGAAGUGCACUCCUCGCUGUCGCAGCUCCGGAACAUCUUAAUGGAAUGUGCUCAACGUUUUCCAUUGGCUCUCUUUGGUAAUGAUCAACACAAUAAAACCGACAGAUUUGUGUUUGCGGCUCCACAUGAUCAGGUGAAGUGUGUUGCAGUUUUGACAGGCGACAGCAUCACAAACGCGGAAGUGAAUUUUAAGGUGCAGCGACAACAGAACGUUAACAUGAGGACGAGUAUUCAAAGUGAACAUCCAUGGAAGUUGCAGCAAAUUCAGGAUGCCGCCAACCAUUUACAGCAAGGCAUCGCGCAUAUAGACAAUGUAGACAGACAUUAUCUUUUUAAAACGUCGGAUGAAGUCAUGCAUGUAUUAGGUAAUAUUCUCGGCUGCCUUCAGAGGAGCAGAACUAGCUUGAUUGUUCCUAGGAAGAAGACGAUUGACGAUCUCAUUAAGAGUCGGAAUAUGAAAUCUCUCAAUCCAAAUCUUCCAGAGAAUUUAGCCAUUAGCUUUUACAUUCAAAGCUACAAACUGGUUUUAGCCGUUUAUCAGUUAGAAAACGCUCAUGGCAGUGUUAAGUAUGAAACCCAGCAAGCAGAGUGCAGCGUGCCGUGGCUCAAUGACGCUCUUGUAUUGCUUACUAUUGCUCUACAACUUUGUCAACGACUAAAAGAUAAGAUAUGCGUUUUUUCCCAAUAUAAAGAUUUUACGGUAGGUUCUCGUGUUCCUUCCGCGAUGGGUUGGUAACCUGAUACCAUAAUUCGAUUAGUUCGAUGGUACACGAUGGUACGAUGCAAGCGAGAAAGAUUUGGCCUCAACUAGUAACAUUUGUUCUGGCCUUUGUUUUUACAUAUGUUAAUUGUUGCCCUUUCAUUGUAUUUCUCAUUGCACUAGAGUGUUGUAAUUCUAAACGUUUCUAAACGUGAUUAUAAUGUGCGCCUAGUAUAAUAAUAUAUAAUAUAUUGUUAAACUAUACAUACUGAGAUACCGAUCAGAUUCACAUGGGGAUGUGAAUUAGUGGAUAAUAACAAAUCAUUUAUUACAGACAGAAAUGGAAGAUUUUGACAGCAUUUUGCCAAUUACUGGUGUGCCUAUCACCAUGUUAUAUAUUGUGUUCUUCCCAUUUCUGUGGUAGGUUUUUCAUAAUCGUGUAAAUUUAACUUUGGCAUGUAACAGCUAAAAAUUCACCAUUUUACCUACUAAUUGAUAGAAAGGUAUUCAAUACAUCUACUGUGAUUCUAGAAAUCUACGCUGUAAUCCUCUCCUUACUGGAUUAGAACAUACUUUUGUAUGUUAAUCUUUAUUUUCUUUAUUAUAUUCUUUGUUAUAAGUGUUGGCGUGUAUAUUUAUACAACGCAUUGUAUGCGUAAUCACUAUAUACAGCAUGAUUUUCAACUUAAUUUUAUGGAACUAUUAAGUUAUUCGAGAUAAUAACACACACACACACACACACACACACAUAUUCUGUCAUAAUACUUAAUGAAAUCAAUCGAAAGAAUUUUUGUAAAUAGUAAUUCGUUCAUAUUAAUAUGAUCAUGGGAGCAUAAAAACUGAAAUUAAAAAAAAA